AUAUAAUCAGAUUGAUAUUGCCAACAAUUUAAGCUAUCAUUCAUCUCUCUACGGAAAACACUGAAUUUUAAAACUAAUCACUUUUUUGAUUCUUCGUCUCUGUUACCAACGCUUCGGUUUCUCAUUUUCUCUCUUCCGACAGUUCCGAAUCUAAUUCACAAAUCAGUUUCUUUUCUCGAAGAAAUUGAAAUCUUUCUCCUCUUCUGUCUCCCUCAUCUUUGUCUUUGUCUUUGUCUGCAAAAAAAAAACCUUUGAGAACUCUGAUGCUUUCGCCCUAAUUUGAUCUGCAGCAGCAUCUGUCUUAGUCCAAAGGACUUGUCUUGUUAUGUUUCUAUUAAAAGGAUACAAGACUUAAACUUUAAGCAUAGUUGAUUGUUCUGAUCUUGAAACUCUGGUUUAAAGUCAUUAGAUCUGACCUCAGCUUAGGACUAAACAAGCUUUUUUAUCGCUGCCAUGCCAAAAGCGAUAAACAGCAGUAGUAAAAAACCUUUUCUUUUUAUUCGGUUGGUGCAUUGGUUGUUGGUGUUCUUAUCAACUUUCGUCUUCUAUUAAUUAGCUAUUUUGGUUUUGUCACUUUCGUUGGAGUUGCCCAAAUUCUGAAACUUUGCUGCAAUAUCUCUAUUGGGUCCGGUUUCCGAAAAUUCUGUUUAAGAUAGGCAAAGCUUCUGUGUGUUCUGGUGAGGGGAAUGAAGAAAGUGUAUAGGAAGCUGAUUUGGAUCAGAGACCCAUUAACGAGGGUGAAGAGACACUUUAGUUUACAUUCAGGGUUUAGGGUAUUCAGAUAUAGGAAAUGGAUGUUCCCGUUUCUAGCUAGCUUGGUUUUGUCGGUUACUCUCUUAAUGUAUGUUCUUUAUGGUCAGUUCGACAGUUCUUUUGUGGAGGAGGAGCCAUCAUUGUCUUUUGAUAAUGUCUCUGAAGAAUCAAAUGAUUACUUUGUAGAAUCACAUUUUAGAAAGUCUUUGAAUCCGACAAGGGGGGAUUCGAAUUCUUCAGAGGUUCCUAGGUUAGCUUAUCUGAUCUCGGGGACGAAAGGUGAUAGUCAUAGGAUGAUGAGGACUUUGCAAGCUGUGUAUCAUCCAAGAAAUCAGUAUGUUCUGCAUUUGGAUCUUGAAGCUCCCCCUAAGGAAAGGCUUGAGCUAGCAAUGUCUGUGAAGAGUGAUCUGACUUUUCGUGAAGUCGAGAACGUUCGUGUUAUGUCUCAGUCUAAUCUGGUUACUUAUAAAGGCCCUACAAUGAUUGCUUGUACGCUUCAGGCCGUGGCGAUUUUGCUUAAAGAAAGCUUGGAUUGGGAUUGGUUCAUCAACCUUAGCGCCUCGGAUUAUCCUCUCGUUACACAAGAUGAUUUGUUGUAUGUCUUCUCAAAUUUGUCUAGGAGUGUCAAUUUCAUUGAACAUAUGAAGCUUACCGGGUGGAAACUGAACCAGAGGGCCAAAUCAAUCAUUGUUGAUCCUGGCUUAUACCUAUCGAAGAAAACUGAAAUUGCUUGGACUACUCAACACCGUUCAAUUCCUACAUCUUUCAAGCUGUUCACAGGCUCAGCGUGGGUAGUUCUGAGCCGGUCUUUUCUUGAAUACUCAAUCUUAGGAUGGGAUAAUUUCCCAAGGAUAAUCUUAAUGUACUACGCAAAUUUUGUAUCCUCUCCAGAAGGAUAUUUCCACACACUCAUAUGCAACACCGAAGAGUUCAAGAGCACUGCGAUAGGGCAUGACCUGCACUACAUAGCUUGGGACUAUCCUCCAAAGCAACACCCGAAUUCUCUAUCAAUGAAGGAUUUCGAAAACAUGGUCAAAAGCAACGCCUCUUUUGCUCGAAAGUUCCACAAGAACGAUCCUGUAUUAGACAAGAUCGAUAGAGAGCUCUUAGGCCGCACUCACCGGUUUUCCUUAGGAGCUUGGUGCAUUGGUAGCUCGGAUAACGGCGCUGAUCCGUGCUCUGUUCGAGGGGAUGACUCAGUUUUGAAACCAGGCCCUGGUGCUGAGAGAUUAAGGGAGCUUGUUCAAACACUUUUAUCUGAUGAGUUCAGAAGAAAACAAUGUACAUGAGAGAGGUAAUGAUUCAAGCUAAAAAAAAUUGUACA